GGGGCAGACUCGGUGACCGCACCCGAGGGCGAUGACACGGCGAGCGCUGAGGCACUGCCUGCAGCUACUGGCGCCCUGCGCACCGCCGGCGCGGCGGGCCCGUGGGCGGAGGAAGCCGGGCGCGGGCCGCCGGGGCCCCUCCCGCGGCGCGGCGGCGCUAUCUCCCGCCGGCGAGGAGCAGCGGCCGCGGCGGUGGUGCGCACGCCUGGCUGCCCCGGGUCGGAGACCUUCACCAAAGGACAUGGAUGAAAAUGAAAGUCAGCAGUCUCUGAUGACUAACAGCCAGUAUCCUAAAGAAGCAGUAAGAAAACACAAUAAUUCAGCACGGAAUUCUGGAGGAAGUGAUUCUUCUAGGUUUUCCAGGAAAAGUUUCAGAUUAGAUUACAGACUAGAGGAAGAUGUAACUAAAUCAAAGAAAGGAAAGGACGGGAGGUUUGUAAAUCCUUGGCCAACAUGGAAAAAUCUCUCUAUUCCAAAUGUUCUCAGAUGGCUGAUAAUGGAAAAAGAUCACAGCAGUGUCCCGUCUUCUAAAGAGGAACUAGAGAAAGAACUCCCAGUGCUUAAGCCAUAUUUUAUCGAUGACCCUGAAGAAGCUGGAGUGAGUGAAGCUGGCUUAAGAGUCACAUGGCUGGGACAUGCCACAGUGAUGGUGGAAAUGGACGAGCUCAUAUUUCUGACGGAUCCUAUCUUUAGUACUCGAGCCUCACCUUGGCAGUACAUGGGCCCAAAGCGUUUCCGUCACCCCCCAUGCACUAUAAGUGAACUUCCCCCCAUAGAUGCUGUUCUUAUCAGCCACAAUCACUAUGACCAUCUGGACUAUAAUUCUGUCAUUGCUUUAAAUGAGCGAUUUGGUAAUGAAUUGAGAUGGUUUGUACCUUUGGGUCUCCUCGACUGGAUGCAAAAAUGUGGCUGUGAAAAUGUAAUUGAGCUGGACUGGUGGGAGGAGAAUUGUGUCCCAGGACACGAUACAGUUACCUUUGUUUUUACACCUUCUCAGCACUGGUGUAAAAGGACUCUGCUGGAUGACAACAAGGUUCUGUGGGGAAGCUGGUCUGUCUUGGGGCCUUGGAAUCGAUUUUUUUUUGCAGGCGACACUGGUUACUGCCCUGCUUUUGAAGAAAUAGGAAAAAGAUUUGGGCCAUUUGACCUUGCUGCUAUUCCCAUCGGAGCUUAUGGUCCAAGAUGGUUUAUGAAAUACCAGCAUGUAGACCCAGAAGAAGCUGUAAAGAUUCACAUUGAUGUUCAGACAAAGAAAUCUGUGGCAAUUCACUGGGGAACUUUUGCCUUAGCAAAUGAGCAUUACUUAGAACCUCCACUGAAACUGAAUGAGGCUCUAGAAAGAUACGGAAUUAAGACUGAAGAUUUUUUUGUUUUAAAGCAUGGAGAAUCAAGAUACUUAAACACUGAUGAUGAAACCUUUGAAUUAAAAUGAGCACAGGAGCUUUUAAUGAAAAAGGUAUCACAUGAUAGAAGUUUGAAAAGAAGAAAUUCAAGAACAUGAUGCAUUUUCACUUUUGGAAACAACUUCUUUAAGUGAGUUACAUGUAACAUUUUGCUGAUAUGAUUGCUAGAUCAUAACAGCAAAGAAGCAUUCAGGGAUAGGUCUUUUAAAUAACAAAUUGGCUAAUACAGAUUUAAAAAUCUUAUCUCUGUGUUACCCCACCACAGUACAGUAGAUUUUUUUUUUAAACUAACAUAUGUUAGUGGAAAAAUGAGUUUAUGAAAAACCGAUUUUAAAGACUCAUUUCUUAAGGGCCUUUUACAAGGUGAGACAAGCCUGUUUACCUAACUAGCUUUUUCAGAGGCUUAUGCAUAGAGAUAUACUUCUUAUAUUCACAUUAAAUGAUAAAAUUGACCGACUGAUAGUGGUUAUUGUUUUAUCAAGAUUAGCUUCUAUGCCAAAUGUUAAAUGAUUUAUUUUUUUAAGAAUAAAAACGAGUUCGGCCAAGUUAAUAUUUUAAAAUUCUAUUUUUUUCUUUUAUGGAGUGAACAGUAUAUUCUGUUGCUAUCUGUAAUCUCCAAAUCAAAAGUUCUUUCAGAGGAAAGAAUGAAAUGUGGUUAUGACAAUGUGAGAUUUUUUCCAUUUUCAAUUUAAAAGUAUGAUCUGUGAAGUGGAAAAAUAACUGGUACAAAGAUAUUUUACAAAGAUAAAAGCAGAACUUAAUAUCAAUAAAUUAUAUACUUUGAAUUAAA